AUGGACGUGCGGCGCGAUCGCGUAGGGGUCUCGCGAUCGUUCGCGGACGCGUUCGCGGCGCACGAGACGUACGAGGCGUCGAUGACGAGCUCGAGGAAAUUGUGCGCAUUCGUUCGAGACGCGGCGACGGCGCGCGUUCGGACGCUCGGACGGGGCGACGCGAACGCGGACGCGAUCGUGAAGGAUGGCGCGCGCGAGGAAGGGAGGGCGUCGUGCGCGUCGACGUCGACGAGCGAGUCGAUGGACGGGGACGCGGGCGCGGAGACGGUUCGGCGCGGCGCGGCGGCGUUCGCGGAGGAUCCGGUGGACGCGUUGAUGCGAGCGGCGAACGCGAGCGAUUCGGAUUCGGAGGAAUUGAAUCAGCGAGGUGCGUCGGUGGAGGUGGUGGAGCUCGGGAGGGGUGCGAUUGGUGGAACGCGGGAGACGGAGGAGGACGUCAACGAGCGUUGGCGGGCGAAGAAGAAGCAGACGCACCAGAGGCACAGCGGGCGAGGGACCAUUCAGGUCUCUAUGGCGUUUGAGAUCAUAUCUACAAAGGCCAAGGGUGAGGCCGGGGUCGAGGCGCGCUUGGCCGAGCUCGAGAAUACCACGAGCGGGCUGAAUGCGCAGACGCACAGGAUAUCCCAACAGGAGUACGUGACGCGGUUGAAGCGGCUAAACGAGGACAUCGCGAACGCGUGGCUCAACGACGAUCGCGUCAACGCGCUAAAACUGUGCGUGAAGGUUUCGAGGUUACUCGCCGACACCAAGGUUGGGAAGUUUUAUCCCGUGCUGUUCGUUCUGGUGACGGAGGUGAUCGAAACGGUGGGGCGGUUGGUGUUUGAUCGCAUCACGCGCAAAGCCGAGGAACCUGGGCCGAACGGCUCGUCGAAACCGCUUCCGGAUAAUUUUAAGGCAUCACAUGUGCGUGCGCUGGCGAAGAACACGUGUAGGAACUGGUUCUACAAGAUUUCCACAAUCAGAGACCUCGUGCCGCGCAUGUACAUGGAGCUCGCGCUCUUCAAGUGCUACAGAUUUUUACAGGACGAACCGCCGGUUAUGCAGGCGCGACGAUUACUGCAACAGGCCAGGGGUAUCGCCGACCCGUUGGCCGCAGCGUACAUUCGAAUGUAUAUCGCGAAGUGCGUGCUCGCAUGCGAUUGCGAGACGCCCGAGAGUGAGCGGACGAUGGAAAUUCUCAAGGAGUUUAUGCCGUCGUACACGAAGGUUCUUGAUGAAGAUGCCGAGGACGACCCUUCAACAUCCUACAUCUUCGCGCUCGGCAUGCAGAGAGCCGAGUAUGUAGAACUCAUGGAUCCGGCGAUGGAGUGGCUCAUCGAGUCGUGCGCUCAGAACUCGAAUCCAGCGCUCCUGCAAAAGGUUUUGUACAUGGGUGGAGAGAAACCAGCGGUGCCGUUUCUUCGAUCCGUGUUUCGAUCGCUCUCGAAAAUACUGAUUCGCGAAAACGCGGUCAAGUUUAUUUCGCUCAUCAGUGCGACAUCCACGGAUGAGGACUCUAUCGACCACGUGGGCGCCAUGGCUGAUUGCUACUGUGUCCUCGUCGAUAAGUUCGAAGAAACGCCUCCGCGAGAGGAUGAUCGAUUGGCAAUCUUGAGCGAAGUGUGGCGUGCAGUUCAAAAGUGGACGCAUAUCGAGCCUUACCUUCGUGUUGCUGAACGGUUUUUGCAUUACAUCAUCAAAUAUCUCACGAAAGGCGAGCUGGAGACGCUGAUGAAAGACGUCGCGCGACACGUCCACGCGUGGCUUGAGAAAGCGAGAGAGAAGGAACCGAUGAAAUCGCCGACGCUUUCGGCGCCUGCAAUGAGGUACGUCGCGCGCUCGCUGCAGACAACGACGGAUUACUUUAAAGGGGUGACCGCGCUGUUGAAUCUAAAGUGGUACGUCUAUCUCGGCGAAACCUUGAGAGGCGACGCUAAGGUCGAGUACAGCGCCUCCGUGCUCAACUGCGCAGCGAGCGGCAGCAAGGUCACAGACCCGCUCUGCUUGCACACCCUCCUCGAAGCCGCGAGAACGGUGCACGAUAACGUCGACGGCAUGAGUUCUGACGACGUUCGAGAAGAAGCUGAGCUAUUGGUACUGCGAUUCAUCGACAGUGUCGAUUUCGGAGACGAUUUCGAGGCGCAUCUGAACUUUCUCGUCGUCGCUCGAAGCGCCUUUUCGAAUUUGGAUCAAGUGCAGGAGCUGUUGGUGUAUCGCGCCCUGUUGCUCGUAACGGGCGUGUACGAGCACGUCGGUUCAGCGCAUACAUCGAAGACAAAGGCAUUCGUCAACGCGUGCACAGCGUACUGCCAAAUUACGAUACCAAGCGUGCGAGGUGUUGAAGUGCGAUUACGUCUGUUCACGCUCGCCGCGCGCGCAGCGCUUGUGCACGCGCUCGUACAGCAAGCCGACGGACUUAUUCGAAGUGCGGUGACGGACGCACAAGAGAGCGGUGGGGAGAGCGCCGUCGGUGGAUGGAUCGAUCUCCCGACCGAGAAAUCCGAGCAAGAGAUGCUCGAUUUCGUGCGGCGCUGCGGCUCGCUUCUCAUCGUCGCGCCUGGAAAUUUGGAGCAAGGUGCCUUCUUGGUGUUCCGCGGCUUGAUGAAGGUGAUUGAGGAUUUCGAAUGGCAACCGUCGAGCGUGAGCGAGAUAAGGUCGUACAUCGCUCUCAUUCCCGCGAUCGCGGCCAUGGUACAAGAGAAGUUACCGUACAAACUCGAUGGCGUGCAAUCCAGCGACGUGCUCUUCGCCGGGGAGGAGGCGUACGUGGACGAAGCCACCGAGCUUGCGCAUGCCCUCAUCCAACGCGCGACUGAUCUCGCGGGGACUGAACUCACGAGAAACGAUGACGAGGACGGCGAGGACGGUGAGUGCGCAUACAAAUCGAUGGCGACGGAUCUCGCUCGGGCGAAUAUCGAGCUCGCGAACGCCAUCGCGGUGGCGUGCAAACCAUCGCCGUCAAUGCUCGCUUUGGCGAACGGCAUUAUCGAUCGCGCGCGACGAGUUCUCCCCGCAGACGAGUGUGAACGAGCUGGGAAAAGGGUCAAGGAGCUCCUCGGCGAAGACGCGCCCGACGCCUGA